CCGGUGCUAACAUAAAAAAUGGCGGGUAUUCAAAAAGUUCGGCUAAAUAAUUUAAACACAAAUAUUAGGAAUGCAUUAAUAAUCGGCAUAAUAAUAGCAAAAAACAGUCCCCGUACAAUAGGAAGUAAAAAGAAAAACGGUGAUUCGAGAGGAGUUACAUCUUUUACAUUGAGAGAUUCAGACAUCGAUACUAUAAACGUUGAUGUAUGGGGCUCCCAAUACUUUGUUAUUACAUUUUACGAAAGGUUUCUUGUGGGAGAUGUAGUUGAAAUUUCGUCUCCAAAAAUUUGUGUAAAAAGUGGUGAAAAUGAGAUGUAUAGACCUCAGGUAUCAUCCCCGUUUUAUCUGUCGCUGAACGAAGGAUUAUCAGAUGUGACUAUUCACAGCGGAGACACAUUCAGUCUGUACUUACCCCUACUUCACAUACCCACGAAACCUUCUGCGGGUUACUGUGGUAUAGCCGAAGUGCUCAAGCUUAAAGAGGAAACUAAUGUUUACGUGGAUCUUCUAGUGGUUGUGAAAUCCGUGAAACCAGUUAAAACCAUCAUGACCAAAACAGGAGUGGAAAUGACAGUUCGAAGUGUAGAGAUCAUCGAUAACACUACACCAGCUUCUCUCAACUUGGAUAUGUUUGAUAUUGAUGUCAUACAAAGGGCAGAAGAGUGGCGUCCUUUAGAAAGCGUAUUGUUUGUGGCGGACGCGCGCGUUUCGUGGCGACGUGGCGUCAACGUGCAAGUGUGCUCCAAGACUGUGGUCACGCACCAACCACACACCGCCGACGCGGAGUCUCUGCGGCUGUACAUGCGCAACCAGAACACUAGGGGAGGCGAAGCGGCCGCAUGGGCUAGUUGGAGCGGCGAACGAGCCAGCGCCGCCUCAGUCGCUCAAGUACGGGACCGGCUCGCUACCGGCUCGCCGUUCUGUGCUUCGCUGCAUGCCCUGCUGACACACCUGGACUUGGACGAGCUGGAGCCCAUCACGGACCAAAAUGAUGAACUACGUGUGCGAUUCGCUGACCAUACUGGCGAAUUGAAUGCACGAAUUCCAAUUAACAUUUUAGAAGAUGCACUCGGAUCUACAUGUGCAGAAAUGAAAGCUAUGACGCCAGAGAACCGCGCAGCGCUCCGAUGGAGGGUCUUACUAGAGCAGUGCAGCGUUAAGCUCGCGAGCGCUCCUCCGCGACUCUUGGUUCUAGCCCUACGACGCGCUUCCCCUGCCGACCCUAUACCCUUAUAUUAGUGAAAGUGACAAAUAUUGUGAAUAAUUCAUUCAAACCACAACCUCAAAAGUUCUCACUCAAAUUGAUAAAACGAAAUUUUCACUAAAGUUUAUUUUACCUUUUUUUUCGAUGAAAAAUGUUAGUUCUAGCCCUACGAAGCCCCUCUUCUUUUCAUAAAUGUUAGUUCAAGGUCACGCUUCUUUUGCAAACCCUUUACCCUUAAAUUCGCGAGAGUUACUACCAUACUAUGUAUAAAGAUUGUAAAUUAUUAAUUCAAUCAAACUAAGUAUAACCCCAAAAGUACUCUCUUAAAUUAAUAAAGUGUAAUUUUCACAAAAGUUUAUUUUCUGUUUUAUAUCCUUUCGUAGACAAAUGUGUAUAAAUGUAAACUUUUAAGUGUGUGGCUUGAUUACUUUAAUAACAACCUCAAAAGUUCUCUCUCAAAUUAAUAAAGUGUAAUUUUCACAAAAGUUGAUUUUACGUUUUAUUUCGUUUCGUAGAUAAAUGUUAACUUUUAAGUAGAUGACUUGAUUACUUUAAUAAAAAUAUAACACAA